CUCAUACUGACAUUUGGGCGAAAAUUGUAUAACUGGUUGGUUCACCAUCGUGGACAAUGUUCUCAUCUAUUGCAAAUUGAAGCAGCGGUUGUCCGCUCGUCCGUAAUCAGUUCAUUGUUUGACAUCUUUGUUGUUCGUUUGGGUCUACAGUUUGAUGUUCGCGGGUUGUUCACAUACUCUCACUUUGCGUGUAGAUUUAGUUGUAUAAGAAUCAGUGGCAGGUUAUUUUGGGAGUGGUGCAUGCUGUGCAUUUACUUUACCGGUUUCUAAAUUGGAUAUAAACUACGCGUCGUGCGCCGACUAUCUUCUACAGCUAUGGAAGCUGGUGGUGGUGGUGUUCUGACAGCAGAACGAAGUCCUGCACGUGCUAAUCUGCACGUUGCUUUCACUGAAAAAGGAGAAGUCAAAGAACGUAGGGAAAAAUUUUUAACAGCCAAGUAUGGCUCGCAUCAAAUGUCGCUUAUCCGGAAGAGACUCGCAGUUGAAAUGUGGCUUUUUGAUGAGUUGCAGAAACUUUAUGAAACUGUGAAUGAAAAUGGGAAAUCUCGAGAGGUUGAGGUAGAUAUAGACGAGCUACUCGACAUGGACACUGAUGACCAUAGAAGAAGUUACUUACAGGAUUUGCUGGUGGAUGCAAAAAAGUCACCACACGAUGUAAAAAAAUUCAUCAACGAUUUGCUCGAGAAAGCAAAAACACUCUGAACAGCGACUGUCUCAUUUGGCAGAUGUGCUACUCAAUUUUGAGACAUAAGUUUGUUCACUUCCCAAACGUGGCGUAAAUGAUAUGUGAAAACCUGAGUAAAUUUUCACUGCACGAAAGAAGCCACCAUAAUAACAAAACAUACGGCUAUAGCUCACUGAGGAAGGAAACUGUGUCUAUUGGAAAUACAUGUAUUAUUACCACAUGACUAGACAUAGUUUUUUGUAAGCAUAUGUUGUUUCAUAUUGAAAACAUCAAAACAUGGCUCCAAGCUUUAUCAGUUGAUAGUUUAGUAACAAAAUUUCGUUCAGUCCUCAAUGUACGAUCUACGUGCCAAUUCAAUUGCUAGUAUAGAAAUUCUCUAGAUUUAAUGCUGUAGAAAAUUGGAACACCUCAUCAAUCUUCUUUCCGGUCUAAUUUCAGUUUUAAACAGGGUAAUUUCUUUAUGUUUCUCAAAUACGAAUGACAAUCGUCUAUUUGUAAUUUUGUUUUGAUUUUAACUGGAAGAAGAUUGUAUAUUCAAAUCACGUUGCUUCAGUAGUGAUAAAUGCUCACUUUACCGUUAUUAUUCACAUAUACUUGCCAGUUAAGUAGUUAAUGAUUAUAGAAUUGUGGUAAAUAAUAGAAAAGAAACGAGCCAAGAAUCCAUUUCAAUCCUACCUUCAUGCUACACUUUUCCUAUAAAAUCAGAUACUUAUGCAUAUUCAAUUUAGUAGAUGUAGGUAAAAUCCUUGGCAGAAAACUUAUUACAAUAUCUUAAUAUUACAUGAAAUUCGAUUAAUAAAGGUAAAUAUAUAAUCAGA